AGGGUCUGGAAUGAUGCUGUUGCCGAAUCCUCAGUCGUUUCUCCCCCUUUGCGAUGGAGUGGGACUGAGUCAGCUCUCACGUGAGGAGGGAAUCUCUUCUUCUUCCGCCAGGGCCCAAUCGCCUUUGAGGACGUGGCUGUGGAUUUCUCCCUGGAGGAGUGGGUUCUCCUGAAUCCGGACCAGAAAGCCUUGCACAAGCAGAUCAUGGAGGAGAUGAAUGGGAUUGUGGACUCUCUUGUAGGUAACGGGGAGAAGAGCCAUGUAUGCACCAAAUACAGGAAACAUUUUGGACACAACUGGGGCCUUCGUCAACAGCAGCAAGCCCACAGAGAAGAUGGAGGUUCUGCCAAAGAAAGGCCUGACAAAUGCAGUGUAUGUGGGAGGUGUUUUACUCAAAAUAUGGCACUUGUGCUUCACAAGACACUCGAUGUUGGGAAAAGCCAUCUUAAAGGGAAAGUAUCUGCAAAAUGUGUGGUGAAACACAAAAAAAUUCACACAGGUCAGGAACCAUACAGAUGCCAAGAGUGUGGGAAGUGUUUUGCUUCCAGUUCAGCCUUGUUGAGCCACAAAAGACUCCACACAGGAGAGAAGCCAUACCAGUGCCAGGAGUGUGGGAAAUGUUUUGCUUCCAGUUCAACCUUGGUGAGCCACAAAAGACUCCACACAGGAGAGAAGCCAUACAAAUGCCAGGAGUGUGGGAAAUGUUUUGCUUCCAGUUCAACCUUGGUGAGCCACAAAAGACUCCACACAGGAGAGAAGCCAUACCAAUGCCAGGAGUGUGGGAAAUGUUUUGCUUCCAGUUCAACCUUGGUGAGCCACAAAAGACUCUACACAGGAGAGAAGCCAUACCAAUGCCAGGAGUGUGGGAAAUGUUUUACUUCCAGUUCAACCUUGGUGAGCCACAAAAGACUCCACACAGGAGAGAAGCUAUACAAAUGCCAGGAGUGUGGGAAAUGUUUUACCGACAGUUCAGCCUUGUUGAACCAGGAGUGUAGGAAAUGUUUUGCUGACAGUUCAACCUUGGUGAAACACAAAAGACUCCACACAGGAGAGAAGCCAUACCAGUGCCAAGAGUGUGGGAAAUGUUUUGCUUCCAUUUCAGACUUGGUGAGGCACAAAAGAAGUCACACAGGAGAGAUGCCUUACAAAUGCCAUGAAUAUGGAAAAUGUUUUACUCGGACUUCAUCCCUUAACCAGCACCAGAGAACACAUACAGGCUAAAAAACAGCCAUUGUGGGUAAAUGUCUGAUUUCAAACAGGACCCUUUGAGAAGUUCUGCGUCAGAUUUGGUGGAGUCCCCGCUCUUGUUAUUUGAACCUGUAAGUUGGAGGUCCUGUUCUCUGGAGCAGCAGAAAGCAAGCUCUGUGUGACAGUGUACAGAUGUGUGAGGGAAGAAUCUUUUUGAUCCCACCACACACACAGAUACCACCAAUUAUAAAGAUGUCUUAUGGAUGAUGAUUUUAAUUAUUUAUUUAUUUAAUUAUCUUCUUCGCUGCCACCAAUGGAGGAGAUGUCGGCAGAUGGCACUGGUUCUUUUUAUACCUUCUUUGUUUAUUUUACCUCAGAUGUUGAUAUUGCUUAACUUGGUAUAUAAUUGUGACAGAGACUUAGAUGGAAUUAAAUCAAAACAAGUUUAUUGCUUGUA